GCUAAACAAGACACCCCGAGUAAACCGUGUGAUGCGAACCGAAGGAUGCUAGCUGGCUAACAGUUAGCGAUGAGUUGGUAUAACUCCUCGAUAUAACGUUAACUUAAACGUUGCUUGAUGUAAAUGCCAACUUGCUCUCCAUAAAUGCCCACUGACGCGUUAAAACGUAUCAUCGUGAGCAUUGUACGUGACGUUUAGUCGGAACGGUCACACAAGCUAAGACCGACAUACCUGUACAAGAAGAGCAAGCUUAACGCGUUCUUAACGACAACGAUUACAGAGCUUCCUGCAACCGACGCUUCAUUCCAGCGUUGAUAAUGGUGUAUGAGGACAGUGCAAAUAAUUAAAUACAGGCUGUUUUUCAUAUGUUGUCCUCGGCCAAAGUGUUACUAGUGACGUCCCAGAGUAUUCAUACCGAAUACAGUUGGAAGCAAAAAUAGGGCAUAUAUUUAAAAAGGAUUCCUUGGGCAGACAGGCUCGUAAAGGGAAAAGGACACACAUGAAUAUGUGGAUCAUAUUCCGUGUACCUCUGACAGAGAUGCUCAGUGGCUAAAUGGACUUUUCCAUAAAAUACUAGAAAAAUAACACGCACCAAAGUCUGGACCGAGGGGAUCAUAACCUGGAUAAACCUGACAGCAGGUGACAACUUUAUGCAGUUCUACGGUAUUUCGGCUGAUGUUUCCUUCCUCAGGCCUUCUUCACGAUCAACAAUCACAGUACGGCUCUAAUAGACCGACACUGACUUUCUAGGCCACACUGGAGUCCUACAACUGAUGGGCUUUAGAGUCCGCCGGCAAGAUGUUGUCCGAAGGAGGUUACUUCAUGAAGGGGAUGGCCAUGGGAGGCAUCUUCUGCUUGCUGCUGUCGCUGCUGGGUACUUUCAGGCCCGGCGUGGAGUCCGGGACGGAGAGCCAACAUCAUCACCAUCACGUCCAGGCCCUGGGAAAAGAUGCGCUGAAGCACCUUACUGACGUUCAGAUGCAGAAGUUGAGAAAUCAGGUCCAGGUUUCUUGCAUCAUCAUGGUCCAGCCCAAGAUCCUUGUCUACUGGGCUACUGCGCUGGACACCUGGAGCAAACACUGUGACAAAGCUGUGUUUUACUCCUCUGAGUCCACCAAAGCACUCGAGGCGGUUGACCUGAAUGAAAAAGACGACUGGGCGAGGUUGCGUAAAGCUCUGAAGCACGCUUACGAGAACGCGGGAGAGCUGCGCUGGUUCUUUGUGGCACAACCCACAACGUUCGCCAUCAUCGAGAAUCUCAAAUACCUGGUUCUCGCAAAGGACCCCAACGAGCCCUUUUACCUUGGGAACGCAAUGAAGUCAGGGGAGCUCGAGUUCGUGUCGUACGAUAGUGGCAUUGUUCUAAGUUACGAAGCGCUCAAAAGACUCGUACACGUGUUCCAGGAUGAGGACAAAUGUCCAGAAAGGGGACGCGCGCUGUGGAAGCUGAGCGAGGACAAGCAGCUGGCCACGUGUCUCAAAUACACUGGCGUGUUUGCGGAGAACGGCGAGGACUCCCACGGAAAGGGCCUGUUCAACAGCAAGAGCGUGGACAGCCUGAUAGCAGACAGCAUGAAGACCAACCCCAACGACGUGGUGGCGGGCUGCUGCUCCGACGUGGCAGUCACAUUCAGCGGGAUGACGCCCAAUCAGAUGCAGGUUAUGAUGUUUGGAGUCUACAGACUGCGUCCGUAUGGCCACGAUUUCCACGACUUGUUGGUGUUCAACCCGCCCGAAGGCUCAGAAAAUGACUAGAUCCGUCAAGCUGGAUGCGGCUUUUUAAAAUGUUUUGCUUCUAUGAUGGCAAACCUGACUGUGGGGCAAUUAGUUUUUCUAAUACUGUUUUUAAAACAGGUGGUGAUAACACGUUUAUGUAUAUUUGGACCCGUUUGUACUUGGCACAAUCAGCACCCCGUUCCUUUGGGAUGAAGGUAAAAAAAAAAAAUAGGGAACGAGUGUGCUGUCCCUUUGGAUGAAGACAAAGCGUGGACAUAUAUGAAACUUGUGACAUGACUCAAUUAUCUGAAGUUUUAGUUGUGUAUCUUAAAAGUUUUUCUUUGUGUGGUCUUAAUGCCGCUUUAGUUAAGUGAUGGCUAUUUUGAAAAUUACAAACUUCUUUAACUGUUUAGUGCUAACUUUAUCUCUGAGAACAGUUUUAUUUAUAUAUACAUAUAUAUAUAUAUAUAUAUAUAAAUCCAUUUUGAGUACAAUAUGGAGGCACAACCAAGCUGCACUGACUUCCACUUAAGAAUUAAACUUCACAGCUACGUCGGAAAUAUAAGAUGUUGAUUCUUUUUUAAUUGCUUUUGAAUGAUUAAUUAAAAUUCCUGGUUUAUGUUUAAUCUAGCGCUGUGGUGUUGAAGGAUCUAACUUUUAAAAGGUGAGAAUGAGUGUGAAAAUCAUACAAGAGUAGUUUCCAGGUUCAUACCUUGUCAAGUGAAUAGUAUUUGGUAAAAGGGAAAAUUGACUAAUUUCAUAUAGAACUGAAUGUAUUAAAAUUGCCGUCCACUGCGUUGUACAUAUGUAUAUUUUUUUACCGCUUUCAGGUAAACAAAUAAAGGUAUUGCAGUUCUUA